AUGUUCUCCCAUGAAGAAAAGUGUGAUAUGUUAGAAUGCUAUUUAGUGUGCAGAAAAUCCUCCUUGAGAGCAAGAGAAUACUACAGUGAAUUAUAUCCCGCUCGCAUUCAACCGUAUGAACGAUAUUUUCUGAGACUUUAUCGAAAAUUUAGGGGCAACGAAAAUGUUUUUGCUAAAACAAGGGCAAAAAAAGAAUUCAUAACUGGCGAGGCCACGGAAAUUGCAAAUUCAAUAGCAGAUAUUCUCAAGGACUCUAAUUUCUGUUAUGGUACUGUUCAAAGGAUUUUAAAAAAAUACAAAUUUAUUCCGUAUAAGUACCGACCAGUUCACACGCUUUUGGCAGGGGAUCCAGAGAGAAGACUUGUUUUUUGCCAUUGGUAUCUUAGCUUCUGUCGCCAAAAUGUAAAUAACUUUCGUUACCUUUUAUGGACAGAUGAAUCAAAUUUUUCAAAUUCUGAAAUGUUUAAUAGAAAAAACCACCAUUAUUGGUCAAGAGAAAAUCUUUUGUUAGUACAUCCAAGAGGCCCACAAGUCCGUUUCAGUUUCAACGUUUGGUGCGGUAUAAUUGGUUCAAAAAUUGUUGGCCCGUUCUUUUAUGAGGGAACCCUAACUGGUGAAAGAUAUGUGGAAUUUAUGUCAGAAAUUCUGACUAAUUUCUUAGACGAAUUGGAUCUUAUAAGUAGACAUCAUCUGCAUUUUCAGCAAGAUGGCGCACCUGCCCACAACUCCAGAGGUACUUAUCAUUUUCUAAGUACUACUUUUAAUGAUCAGUGGAUAGGAAUAAAUGGCCCAAUACAGUGGCCUCCCAGAUCACCAGAUCUAAACCCACUUGACUACUUCUUGUGGGGUUACUUAAAGAACCAAAUUUGCAAGCGAAGGUACGAUAACCUUGACGCGUUAAAGACUGCAGUAAGGGAAAAGAUAACCCAGAUAGAUGGUAGGACCAUACUUAAGACAGUUCGAGCAGUUGAAAAACGUGCCCAAAAAUCUAUUGAAGAACAAGGUGGUCUUCGAAAAAUCAACCCCGAAACAAGAAUCAUCCUCCACCAAGACAAUGCAACCACGCACACAGCCCAAAAAACAAGGCCGUCUUUAACGGAAGAAAACGUGGAAUUAUUGGACCAUCCUCCAUAUAGUCCCGAUCUAAGUCCUAACGGUUUCUUUACUGUCCCGGAAAUUAAAAACAGACUGUGUGGUCAAAGGUUCCAGUCACCAGAAGAAGCAGUUGACGCGUUAAAAAAUGCCGUUUCGGAUCUGCCAGCAAACGAGUGGAAUAAGUGCUUCGAAAAUUGGUUCGAGCGCAUGCAGAUGUGUACUAGUCUUCGUGGAGAAUACCUCGAAAAACAAUAA